CCCUCUUCUUAUUAUAAACUCGACCUUCGCCCACUCCGCUGAUCACCUGUAUAUCCUCUUCUGCCUUGGCCUUGCUGCCUUUAUCCUUACCCUUCCCGCCACCCGCGUCCAUUAUAGCUUCAUCUUGCUUGUGCUUGGGAGGGUCACCAGACCAGAUCAUGAGUAUCUAGCUUCGACGUCUUGCUUGGAUCCCAUCUCUGUUCUUCACCAGCGGAGUCCUUACCAUCGAUAGCGGCACCAUAUCUCUUAUUCGACACGUCGUAUAACUCCUUCUUUCGGCGAGUUUCUUGCGAUUGUUUAUUUCUCAGUUUCACUGUCGGCGCCUAUUGUUUUGUUGUCGCGUCAAUUCAGUCAAAAUGUCUACACGCAGUGGUGAUUAUGGGCAGGUGAUCGAGUACAUUCAAGACCGUCUCUAUUUGGCCUCCUACGAUUAUCCUCCGGAUGCGAGAACACCUUUUCCCUAUCCUGAACAACCCAAGUCUCCUAGCAAGCGAUCUGCUCGAGCUCAGCCUACGACUCCAAGCAGCAAGAAACGCAGCCCCGUAUACUUCACGGUCGAUGAUGUUCUUCUAUACAACUCCUUCCAUGCGGACUUCGGUCCUCUACACAUCGGCCACCUCUAUCGCUUUGCAGUGCACUUCCAUGAGAUACUGGGAGACCCCGCAAACAGUGAUCGCGCCGUGGUUUUCUACUCCAAGACAGACUCGCGCAGCCGCGCGAACGCAGCCUGCCUAGUCGCUUGCUAUAUGGUUCUGAUCCAAUCGUGGCCUCCACACUUGGCCCUAGCUCCGAUUGCGCAGGCAGAUCCCCCAUACAUGCCUUUCCGCGACGCUGGAUACAGUCAGGCAGAUUACAUUCUCAACAUCCAGGAUGUUGUAUACGGAGUGUGGAAGGCCAAGGAGCAGUCACUGUGUGGCUUGAGAGACUUUAGCCUCGAAGAGUAUGAGAAGUACGAACGCGUCGACAUGGGUGACUUCAACUGGAUCACCCCACAGUUCCUGGCCUUCGCCUCUCCACAACAUCAACCAAUUGAUGUCAUUCCGCGUGACUCGCCUGAAUAUGCUGCGCUGCCUUCUACUGUCUCGGAAGUCCAAGCCUCAAAGCUCCCUACUCCUUUCAAGAAUGUUUUGACCCACUUCUCCUCCCGGAGCGUGGGCCUUGUUGUCCGACUGAAUUCUGAGCUAUACUCGCCCUCCUACUUCACUGCCUUGGGAAUCAAUCACGUCGACAUGAUCUUCGAGGAUGGAACUUGCCCUCCUCUGCCCCUCGUCCGCCGAUUUAUCAAGAUGGCGCAUGAGAUGAUUACACAGAAGAAGAAAGGAAUUGCUGUCCACUGCAAGGCGGGCCUUGGCCGCACUGGAUGUCUCAUCGGCGCCUAUUUGAUUUACAGAUAUGGUUUCACCGCCAACGAGAUCAUUGCUUUCAUGAGGUUCAUGCGCCCAGGAAUGGUUGUUGGUCCCCAGCAACACUGGCUGCACCUCAACCAAGGCUCAUUCCGCGAAUGGUGGUUCGAGGACAGCAUGAAGGAGAAGCUCGCUCAAUUGCAAUCGGCACCUAUCACGCCCGGCCGGCCGACUACGCGCCAGCGCGCAAACGGACCAGUCGCCACCCCGCCAAACAAUGGCCAUUCCAAGCGUGCCGCUCUCGGAGAAAUUGACCACAAUGAAGGGGCAGGUACCCAAGCUGAGGAGAACUUGCCAGCACCCACGCCUGGUCAGCCUCGCAAGUCCCUUCGCAAAGAUUCCCGCCACCAUCCCUACUCUCGCACAACCUCUGGUAGCCUUGUUGUCGAAAAGGACACGAAUAAGACCUCUCACCGCCUCAGUACCGAUAGUAGCGAGAGUGAGGAAGAAAUCCAGUUGCGUAUGCUGGCCAAGCGUUCCUCGAGAUCUCCUGUGGCAUCCCCCAACCAGCGGUCUGUCAGUUACUCUGCCACUGUGACUGCCAGUUAUACUCUAAAUGAUGAUGACCGGGAAAAUUGGGGAGACGCGGCCGCAUAUGCACCCAAGACUCCGGUGAGCAGCAAGAGCGGCACUGGGGCGAUUUCCGUUACCAAGGUCCGCACAAGCCCCAGACGUGUGACAGAUAGCCGUAGCGAAAAAGGAGUUCGCAAGGCAAGUGGGCGCGUCGGGAGCGCUGGAAGCCCUACAAGGGUGAAAUGAGCACGUCUUCAUCGCUGCUUAGUUCAUCUUCUUCGCUUUCCUGUGCUUUCAGAUAUCCACUUCGUACAAUACCUAUCUUCUUCUUCGUGGGGCAUAAUCUGUGCAUAGGCCCUGAGUUUCUUGUUUCAUUAUCGGCUUGCAUACUGCAUUGUCUUCUCCAUAUGACAGUGCCUUCGAGGGUGUUUACGGGGUUUUGUGUCUGGCAUGGUUUUCAUGGGGUCGGGAUCUUCAAGGCGUUCGGUGUGGUCUGGACAGUGGGUCGAUCUAGAAUUUGGACUGAAUACAACAAGUCUAGUGAUUAGCGUGACGAUCAAGCCCU